ACGGAAACACACAGGAGCACCUGUCAGAGCUGUGUCAAAUAUGGUUCUCUUCAAGCUUCUUCUACUCACUUUGACUUUUUAUGAACUUAUUGCUGAUUUGGAUGCUAGAACUUGCCCAAAAGGUCAAAGAGUAAACCGUUUUGGGACUUAUUGUGAACCAUGUCCUAAUGGAUACUACCAGCCUGAGGAAAAUGAUUCCAAAAGCUGCAAUCCCUGCACACGGUGUGAUCAAAAGUCGGGUAGUGUUGUUAUAAAGGAAUGUACAGAAGUGACAGAUACAAAAUGUCAGUGUCGUGAAAAUUUUGUUGCCUGGCCAAAUGAUUUGUCCACUUGCAAAUGUGACAUUGGAUUUGAACUUAAAAAUGGAGCAUGUUUAAAGUGUGAAGAUGGGUAUUUCAGCACACGCAUCAACUCGCUCUGUAGAAAAUGGAUGGAAUGUAAAUUAGGAGUGAACAUUAGUGGAACCAGGACAUCAGAUGUCAUCUGUAAUGUGAAGAGCAACCCUGAUAUCACUACACCCUACAUGACACGCUUAACAACCCACCGUCCACAUGCAGAGACCCACCUUAAGAAUAUACUUACUACCACCACUGAGGCUCCCCCAAGACAUGCAGUCACCAGAGAGCCAACCAGAGAAACAGAGUCUUUUCCCCCUUCAAACCCAGGCAACCACUUUGGUAUGGCCAUCGUCUUGUUUGGAGUUAUCGGACUGCUUGGUCUGACCGCUGUGACCUGCAGGCUGCAUAGCACUCCUUGUGCGCACAGAAAACCAGGGGUACAAUCAAAGGACUCAUGUCGGAGGCCAGUUGAGGAGAUUGGCGAUGGCAGUCAGUCCUCUCUCAAACUGAAUCCAGGGGAACCCUGAGGUGGCUUGGCAUGUACCUGGCUGGCGCUACAUGACUAAUGGGAUCUACUUGGAAAAAGCUGCAGUUUGGUUCCAACUAAUUUAUUUCUUUUAUAGCUGUUGUGUUGGAAUACUUCAAGGAAAAGAAAUUAGUUGAUAGUUCUUGUUUAAAAACAGCGGUGGAUGAAGUAUUCAGAUCUUUUACUCAAGUAAAUGUACCAGUACAACAAUGCAAAAGUACUCUAUUUUCCUAUGUUAAGAAUCCUACUAUGUAAAAGUACAGAAGUGUGGGCAGCAAAAUGUAUUUAAAGUAACAAAAAUAAAAACACUCUUUUUGCAGAAAAAUGGUAAAUAGAUUAUCACAUAUAUAUUAUUAUUAUUAUUAUUAUUAUUAUUAUUAUUAUUAUUGUUGUUAAUACUGAUGCAUCGGUGUCAUGUAAGCAACAUUUUACUGAUAAAGGUGGAGCAAGUUUUAACUUCUUUACACAGUCAGGUAGCUUAGAAAAGUGGUAAGCAACCUAGGGAAGACAUAUAGACAUAGACAUCCCGAAAUGUGACAAGGAAUCCCAACCAGACACAGCUUUUUAUAGAAGUGGUCGAAGACACUGAGAACCACUGAUUUAAUCACAGUGUUGUAUUUUGUUGUACUGUUGUACUUAAUUUAUCUAUUUUUUUUUAUUUUAUUUAUUUAUUUUGGCAUGUUCAUCAUUGUUUUUUUUAAUGCAAAAUCUGUAAGUGACUAAGUAACUACGCAUGUCAAAUAAGUGCAGUUGAGUCCAUUUUUAAUUCAUAGUGUAAUUAUAAACUAUAAUAAAAUGGACUCAAAGUAGUAGUACCUCAAAAAUGCAUUUCAGUACAGUAGUUUAGUAAAUGUACUUUACUUUCCAUUACAAACUUAAUUGAAACAAAAUAGUUUCUGUCUGACUCUUAUUGCACAGCACGUACAAAUCAAUGUUUUUAAAGUGAACAGUGUUACCCUGAGAGUGUAUGAAUAAAGAUUCUC